CAGCAUUAAAACCCUAGAGAAUCUGUCUCGCAAAUAUAUCGAUCAUUUCAUUCGCCUUCUCUCUUGGUCUUUGGCGCCGACCCAAACCCAAUCUCGCUGAUAGAACAAAGCUUCUCCCACAACUCACCAACUCGAACUCAAACUCAAACUCAAACCCACACCAAAGCUCAGAUUAUCAUUGUCCUUCCCUUCAUGGCAUUAUCUUCCCCACAAUCGACUUCUCAAGUUCCUGAAACUGAGAAAGAUUUUGAUCUGUUGAAGUGUUCGAAGAUCGAAAACGGGAAGAAAGAGGCAGAUGUCGAUUUACCAACAGGCUAUCGGUUUGAUCCGUCGGAAGAUGAGAUUGUUGUGUACUAUCUUUUCAACAAGAUUUUGGACCGGGAACUUCCUAUCACCGACGUUAUAAAAGAGAUUUCUGUGUAUGAUCAUGAUCCGGAUGAGCUCCCCAAUGGCGAUUUCAAACAUGGUUGUGACUGCAACGAGGCCUUUUACUUCACAUAUACAGAACAGAUUUACAGCAGUGAAGGGAAGAUAACUAGAAGGACGACAAAGAGUGGUUACUGGGACCUAGAUGGUGAGGAAGAAGAGGUUAAAUACGGCAAUGGCGACAUAACCGUCGGGUUCGAAAAAGUUAUGGUCUUCCACAAGGGAACUGCACCAAACGGAAUCGAAACUGACUUUAUCAUGCAUGAGUUCAGGCUUAAUCCUCUUAUAGUCCCUACUCAUGUCCUCAAUGAUAGCAUAAGGGCAAAGAUUGAGAGGUAUGUGGUGUGCAGAAUUAUACACGAAGGAAUUUCAAAUUAUCAGCCCACAUUCAAACUUCCACCAGGAUGGACUGCUAGGCCUGUUGAUGAAGGAGAACCAAAUUGAUAUGGCAGAAAUCUUUGUGCUUAGUAUAGGUACCCAGUUUUGCCGUGGUCUUUGACAUUGGAAGUUGCAGAUAGAAGAAAUAGCAAAUUAACUUCCUCCUUUUGAUGUUUUUCUCUUCCAGUGCUUUAUUUAAUUGGGAGAUCUCCUCCAGUUCUUUUGUUUGGCCGACUAUUGUUAUACUUGCCCCA